UAUACCGGUCAGUCUCUCGUUCUCUGUGUUCCUUCCAAUUUACGAAAAGCAACGUCUAGGGCUCGUCUCUGCGUCAGUUUCAGAGCUCUCCAGAGACCUCGAGCCCGUAAUCUCAAUCCAAGUCUCUGCCCUCCGACUCUCCGAGCUACAAAGCAGAGCUUCUCUCUCGCUUCCUUUGUGUUAGGGUUUUCUUCUCAAUGGACGAGUCCUACACUGGCCUCCCUACCAGCCAUUUACUCGGCUCAGUCCCUGCUGUCGUAAGUGAAGAUAAAGAUAAGAAUACCACAAGCUAUGAAGCACCUGAAGCUAACUUGCAAAUCUUCCCCCCAAAUAAUGGAGGAGAGAAAGGGCGUGGUUAUCAAACUGUUGGAAGUACAAGUGAAACAUUUGAACAACAACCGGCGAACAACUGGAGAGGAGUAUUUAAUAUCUCAUCAUACACACAAUACUUCAAUGUGGAUACGGAUGUUGUCUUAAACAGAUUGCUUAGUUCUUUAUAUCCCCAUGGUGGAGAUUUUUUCAGCAAAAUUGAUGCCAACCCUGAUUUAUAUGGGCUAAUCUGGAUCUCCACUACGUUAGUGUUUGUGCUUGCUGCACUUGGAAACUGUGCCACCUACCUCAUGGAAAAGCACAGUGAUAGCAGUACUUCUUGGGCCUUUAAUGUCAGUUAUAUGAAUUUGGCAGCUUUUUCAGUCUACGGUUAUGCAAUUUUGGUGCCAUUGGCAUUUUAUUUCUUGCUCCACUAUCUGGGCUCAAAUGCCAGCCUUGUUCGAUUUUGGUGUAUGUGGGGAUACUCUCUCUUCAUAUUUGUUUUAGCCUCUUUUUUGUUGCUUAUCCCGGUUGAGGCUUUCCGGUGGAUCAUUAUAAUUCUUGCUGGUGCUGCCUCCUCGUGCUUUGUUGCCUUCAAUCUCAAGACUUAUAUCGAAGGGAAUGAUAUUGUGGUGAUUGCCGCAUUUCUCUUGCAACUGGCUCUGGCAAUCUUCUUUAAGGUCUACUUCUUUCCGUGAGCGUUUCUAAGUGCAGUCAGUCUCUGAAUUCUGAAUUUCAAACAACCACAUUCACUUGAUUUCGAGGGUAUUUGAUUUAGGCAUUGACUGGAAUGGCACUUCCCUAGAGGUGGUGUGUGUUCAAAUUACUCACUUGGUUGUAUUGUAAGUUCAUUGAAGAGCUCGUGACAUGGCGUGGUUUAAAUUUUUUGAAGAGAUAAAAGUGUGGCUCUAAUGAGUAGGACUUAGUUUGUAUCAGCUGGUUUUGUAUUGGCUCAAGUAGAGAGAGCAUAUAUUGGUAUUUGUAUUUCACGCUUUUUCUCAAUCUUAGAAUUUUUCUCCAUCAAACCUGAGUCUGUAAAUAAAUAAGGUCUUCAGAGAAAUUGUUGUGGUAAUUUUCACAUCAAGUUGAUUUCU